AUGGCUGCCAUGCGAGACGCUGAGCUCGAAGACGUGCCACCUCCGCCGUACUCCGAGACAGACAUAUACUCAACCUCCGGCCGACCGUCGAACGCGCCCUCAAAUUCACCACACGUCCCGUCCCAUCAUGGCGAAAACGACGCCGCAUCGCGCGUUUCCUCGCAUGCCUCGUCUCACAGCGAAGUCAUCUUCACCCCGCCAUUGACACCCCGCACCAGCGGCCCAGGCAGCAACGGUGGCGGCGGCGGUGGCGGCAUCCAUCAUCACGGCUCGAAUGCCAGUCUCGACCUCUCAAGCCGCUCUCUGGCGACGGGGGGAUUUCAUCAACCUCAAUCGGCGUCGGCAUCGGCAUCAGCGUACUCGGAGUUUACGGCAUCCUACUUCGAAUCCAGACCCGCGCCCGCGGCACUCGCCCCCUCACCCAGAGACCAUCUUCUCGUCCACGCACUGACCGUCACCCCGACCUCGACACCGGACGACGUACCCUACUCCCCCGCAUGGGCGGCCCUCGACGUCACGCAGCAGGACUGGGCGACAUUCACCAACUGCCUGAUCCCGCAUCACGCCGCGGCGCGAAACGAGGCCGUCAUCAACCGCAAGCUGCAAGCAGAGGAGGAGGCCCUCGCUGCCGCCGCUGCUGCGUCGAAUGGGAGCGGCGCCGGCGGACAGAGCACGCACGCCACGGCGCAAUUGGAUCAGAUCCGCGCGGACCCGGACACCGACCCCGGCGCGGCGGCUGCUGCCUCCGGGCUGAGGAGAGAGGAUGCGGAGGGGGUGGUCGCGCAGUGGAACGAGGGCUUCUUCCGGCCCAGGGGCAUGCUCAUCACGCUGAUACCCGAGGUGGUGGAGGAGGAUCUGCACAUGCCGGGCGCGUGGGACCGGUCCUUCGACAGGACUGUCGAGAAUCCUGCCGCCGGAGGAGGCGGCGAUCGUAGUGUUGGUAGCGGUCCCACGCUCGUACCGUUCCCCGCACAUCCAGGUCAACUUCCCGCGAUGCAGCCGCAGCAGCCGCAGUCAGGCUCGACUGAUUCUCGAAACAGUUGGACUUUUGGCGGCAUCACGGUCUCGACGGAUGGCAUAUCAAUCGGCGACCGCAUCAUCGCGGGGAGCAACGGCAUCCGGGUAGGGAACCUCAUCGCGGACGAGAACGGCAUUCGGUUCGGGAGCACCGCCACGCCGCGCGCACAAGCGCACUACGUCGGUCCGGGCUGGGCUCCUCCUCCUCCGCCCGCGCCUCCGGGACCGGCACCAGUGCCGAUGUUCGGUUCCGGAUCCGGACCUUUCCCUCCGGCGGGUCCUCAUCUCCAGCCGAUUAUUUCAUAUCCAGGCCCCAAUGAGCAGCAUCCCUUCUUACAAGGCGGCGGUGGUCCCGGACAACACGCACCCCACGAGGGCGGGGGUGGAGGCGGCGCAGCCCGCGGUCGACCUCCUGGUCGGUACCCCUCAGAUCAGCGCUCCAUCUCAUCAUCCUCCUCCGCCUCCUCAACAUCAUCCACGUCCUCUGCAUCCUCCAUCGGCUCACUACCAGACUACGAAGACCUUUACCCCUCACAGCUCCCGAUCUAUAAGCAGCGCUUAACCUCCUGGCUCGCGCACCCAGAGCAGCCCGUCACGAAAGACGACAUUGCCCAGCUCCGUGAGGAAAUACGCUCCGCGAGUGCUACGGCGGCGGCAGAGGACCAGAAAGACCAGCGAGAUAAUCAGGUAGACCCAGCAGCCACCAACACGUCGAAAAAGGUGGAGGAAAAGGCACUCAAAGCCGAGAUCAGGAGCAUUACGCAAGAUUGGCGCAAGCUCAAGCGCCAACAGCGCGCGGCCCGCAAGGAAAAGCGGAGGGAACGGCGCACGAGAAGGAAGGAGGAGAAGAGGGAGCGUAGGGAGGAGAGGAGGGAGAAUAGGGAGGCAAGGCGAGAGCAGAGGGAAGCGCAAAGAGAAGCGCGGAGGGGCGAUGGCGGACGUGGUGGAUCGGUAGAGGGUCCUAAUCACCAUCAUCAUCAACAACAUCAACACCAUCAUCAUCAACACCAACACCAACAACAGCACCAACAGUACCAACAGCACCAUCAAGGACAACACCAACAGCAUCACGGUCCCGGACCGACGGCGUGGGGCGCGCCCGGGGCGUUCGUGCCGCCGCCGCGUGUGCAUGUUCCCCCGCGCCCCGUGGUGCAUGGCACUCCCCCUAUGCCAAACUUCCCACACAACGUCUCCCCCGUUCCGAAUGCUUGGGGCUUCCCAUGGGGACCACCAGGGCCGGGCAGGGGUCCCGUGCCCGGCGGGUUCCCAGGCGGCGGCGGCGGUCCCGGUCCCUGGGGAGGAUGGGGACGCGGCCACGGCGGCGCCGAAGAAAGGGGUAGCGAGUCAACGCUACCCCCUUCGAUCAACGGCGGUGUCCCGCCCGGAGCAUGGCCCACGGCACCAGGGGACAGGAGCCCCAGCUACGGCGGUGGCGGGUCCUCUACGCCGCCCAUACCGGCGCCGGCGCCCUCGUCUCAGGCGCUCUUCAAGGCGGCAGAUGAGAUGGAGAAGGAAAUCGUCAGGAGGGUCGGAGAAUUGGACAAGGUUAGGACCGAGAUGCGGGAUAGUAAUCCCGGAAGAGGACGUUGCGGCGGUGGGCGCGGCCGAGGGCGUGGAGGUUGGGGAUGGGGGCGGGUAUGGGGCGAGAGAGGCAGCGAUCAGAUGACGCACCGCUUGGAGGAGGAGAUUGACGAGUUGUCGAGAAACGUGGAGAAGCUCAGGGUCGAGGCAGACGCGGAGUUUGCGAGGGAGCUGGCGGCGGAGGACCAGAAAUCUGGGGGGUGGUAA